AUGUAUAGCGAUACUGAAUGUACACGUCGUACAGGAAGUUCAACACGUAGUUGUCACUCAACAUCAUUAUCAAAUCGUUAUAUACGUGGUUAUGGUAGUAAUCAAGAUUUAUCAUCAAAACGUAUACAAUUAAUAUCAACACCAUCAAUAUCAGAUAUUAUUUAUAAUACAGAAACAUUUCAACUUCUAGCUGAAUUUUUACAAAUACAUGGACGUGAAUCAUUAGUUGGAUUUUGUGCUAUUGUUAUUGGUAUAUCAAAUUUAAGAUCAAAUAAACGAGAAGCUUUAUAUGCUGUACAUGCUGCUUAUAAAGAAUAUAUUAAUGAUGAAACAAUAUCAAAUAGUUGGUUACAACCAAUAACAAAAGAUUUAAUUCGACAAUUAAUAUCUAAACGUUCAUAUGAUCCAUAUACAAUAUUUUUACCAGCUAUGAAAGAUAUGUUACAAUAUUUAAAACAAAAUUUUUAUUCUAAUUUUCUUUCAUCACAAAUAUGGAAAAAUUAUUUAAAUAAAAAACAACAAGAUAAACGAAAUAAAGGAAUAAAUUCUUCAACACCAAAAAGCAUAAAUACAUCAAUAAGUACAUCAACUGUUAAAUCAUCAAAACAAAAUAUAUCUAAAAAAGAUAUAUUAACAAAUUUUAAUGGAAAUAGAACACUCGGUUCGACAAGUUUAGUAACAACAUCAAUUAAAACACCAUUGGCAUGUUUUAUACAAAAUAAAGAUGUACCAUAUAUGAUUCAUUUGAAUAUUCCUGUUGAAUGUAUUACAUUAGGUGAUAUUAAACCUCGUAUACAUCAUUUAGCUGGAAAAAAAUUUGAUAAUCAAAUAAAUGAAUGUCAUUAUUAUUUUAAACGUCGUAUUGAUCCAUCAGAAAUAUGUUUAAUGAAUGAUGGUAUAACAUCAACACCAACAUAUGUAUAUGAAGAAAUUGAUAAUGAAGAUAUUCAUACACCUGUACCACAUCUUGACGGUACUAUUGUGUGUAAAUUUGACUUUUCUAAUUGA